AUGAUUCUCUCUGAGGCUGAGAUCUUCCUUAAGGGUCUCAGCGAGAACAGGAAUUUAUUGCUUGAGUUAAAUGCGCCAACUUGUCCUCAGGGAGGAUAUCCGCUCAAGGGAAUGGAUUGGUCCCCCAGGUCCUCAGGUCCCCAGGUCCUCAGGUCCUCAGGUCCUCAGGUCCCCAGGUCCCCAGGUCCUCAGGUCCCCAGGUCCUCAGGUCCCCAGGUCCUCAGGUCCCCAUGUCCCCAGGUCCUCAGGUCCCCAGGUCCCCAGGUCCCCAGGUCCCCAGGUCCACAGGUCCUCAGGUCCUCAGGUCUCCAGGUCCCCAGGUCCUCAGGUCCUCAGGUCCUCAGGUCCCCAGGUCCUCAGGUCCUCAGGUCCCCAGGUCCUCAGGUCCUCAGAUCUCCAGGUCCCCAGGUCCUCAGGUCUCCAGGUCCCCAGGUCCUCAGGUCCCCAGGUCCUCAGGUCUCCAGGUCCCCAGGUCCCCAGGUCCCCAGGUCCUCAGGUCCUCAGGUCCUCAGGUCCUCAGGUCCCCAGGUCCUCAGGUCCUCACGUCUCCAGGUCCUCAGCUCCUCAGGUCCCGAGGUCCUCACGUCUCCAGGUCCUCAGCUCCUCAGGUCCCCAGGUCCCGAGGUCCUCACGUCUCCAGGUCCUCAGCUCCUCAGGUCCUCACGUCCCCAGGUCCUUAGGUCCCCAGGUCCCCAGGUCCCGAGGUCCUCACGUCUCCAGGUCCUCAGCUCCUCAGGUCUCCAGGUCCUCACGUCCCCAGGUCCUCAGGUCCCCAGGUCCUCAGGUCCCCAGGUCCUCAGGUCCCCAGGUCCUCAGGCCCCCAGGUCCCCAGGUCCCGAGGUCCUCACGUCUCCAGGUCUUCAGGUCCUCAGGUCCCCAGGUCCUCACGUCCCCAGGUCCUCAGGUCCUCAGGUCCCCAGGUCCUCAGGUCCCCAGGUCCUCAGGUCCCCAGGUCCCCAGGUCCUCAGGUCCUCAGGUCCCCAGGUCCCCAGGUCCCCAGGUCCCCAGGUCCUCAGCAUUAACAUGAUGACUUACAGCACUAACAUGAUGACUUACAGCACUAACAUGAUGACUUACAGCACUAACAUGGUGACUUACAGCACUAACAUGACGACUUACAGCACUAACAUGAUGACUUACAGCACUAACAUGACGACUCUUACAGCACUAAUAUGA